AUGUCAUCAGCUAGGCAAGGGGUACUACAGGUACGAAACCCAACAUUAGCCUCACAAACCACGCCCGAGCAAAGGUAUUGGAGAAGUUAUAUCAGUCCACAAUUAAUCAAAGAAAAUCAUUCAAUAAACCACAUUGAAUUUAAUCCAGCAUCGCCGUAUGAUUUUGCAGUUGUGUCGUCCACUAGGAUACAAAUAUUCUCAUCAAAAACAAGACAAAUAAUCAAAACAUUUUCAAGGUUUAAAGAUGUGGUUUACUCUUCCAACUUUCGAUACGAUGGGAAAUUGCUCUGUGCAUCAGAUGCUAGUGGUCUUGUAUCUAUAUACGACAGUUAUCAACCACGAAAUUUACUAGUCAGCUUGAACCCAUCACUGCAUCCUACCCAUGUUACGAAAUUUCAUCCAACUGUUGGCUCCAAUUUAAUCACUGGAUCUGAUGAUCGUAUAUUAAGAGUGUGGGAUAUUUCGCAAACGUCACAAGGACCCGUCCAAUCAUUCGAUGAGCUGCAUCAUGGUGAUUAUAUAAGAAGUGUAAACUUCGUUCCAGGAGAUUCAAACUUGAUAGUAACUGGAUGUUAUGAUGGUAUGGUACGGUUGUUCGAUACCAGAGAUCCAUCAGGCGCAAUCUCUUCUUUUCAUCAAGAAAGCCCUGUUGAAGAUGUACUCGCCAUUAAUUCAAGCACUAUAGUUAGUGCUGGGGGCCCACAUGCAAAGAUUUGGGAUUUGACUAGGAAUUCACAAAUUCAUCAAUUGAACAAUUUCACCAAAUCAACUACAUGCUUAUACGAUACAAAGGAGAAGGGAUUGUUAAUUGGUUCAUUGGAUGGCCAUGUCAAAGUGUUUGACUACAAUACCACAAACUGGGAUGUCAAGUUUGGAUGGAAGUUUGGCAGUGGUGGUGUAUUAACUUGUGCCGUAUCACCAGUAAAUUACAAACAUUUUGUUGCCGGGUUGACAUCCGGUUUGAUAUCCAUACGUACCAAAACAACAGAACCAAAAGCAAAGCAAGGCAUAAAGCAAGAGACAACGAAUGCCUAUGCGCGAAUGAUGAAAGGUAGAGAUUACAAGGGAGAAGAAGAAUACGAGAUAGUCAAUAAUACCAGCGGUCCUCAAACUAGGAAGUUGAAACAAUUUGAAAAAUAUUUAAACAGUUUCAAAUGGAGCGAAGCAUUGGAUAGUGCUUUUGCACCAGGAUUACCCAAAGAGCAUACAAUCACCAUUUUGAAUGAAUUGAAAACAAGAGGUAAAAUGAGAAUUGGAUUGUAUGAACGAGAUGAAAUUUCAUUAUUGCCUAUGCUACAAUGGUUCACCAAAAAUAUUGAGGAUGUGAGAUCCUUCAAUCUUAUAAGUGAUUAUAUUGCCGUGAUUUUGGAAAUGUAUGGUUCAAUGAUUGAUAAAAGUGUCGUGCUAGAAGAGAGUUUCAAUGCCCUUUUGCGAAAAAUUGAGUUGGAAAUUGGUAAAUGCAAAGAAGCCAGUGAAAUUAAUGGUAUGUUGGAACUAUUAACAGUAUAG